AUGCGUUCCACUUUCUUCAUUUCCGCCCUGGCAGCUGUAGCCUCUGCAGCAGUCAACGAUCCUUGCUAUGGACCCAACGGCAUCGCCGGUGUCUGUAUAGACUCCGGUGCUUGCACCAGCGGAGGAGGCACAUCGAUCGCUGGCGCCUGUCCAGCAGAUGCUGCCAAUGUUCGGUGCUGUUUCAAGCCUAGCUGCGCCAAUGGCUCUUCAGGCAACUGCCGCUGGCGAAGUGACUGCGCUGGCAGCAGUGUUUCGGGACAAUGCCCAGGACCAGCUCAGAUGCAAUGCUGCUCUUCCAAUGCUCAAGGCUGGGGAGGUUACAACAGGCCAUCUGUUCCUGGUGUGGGCGCCUGCAAACAGGUUGCUGUCACUGGUGCCAAUACAGUGAUCAACGCUUUCCCAGGCCGCAUUCGAGAGAUCUUCUGUAUCCGUGAUUGCGCUUGCGGAAGUGGCAGUGAUCACUGCUGCGGAAAGGCUAUUGAUUAUAUGUUGAGCGAUGGUGGUGGUCAAGCCUCCAUCUCUGGUCGCCAGAUCGCUGAGUGGGCCAUGAACAACCGUGGCUCGCUGAACAUGAAGUAUGUCAUUUGGGGCCAGCGCAUCUGGACUCCAGGUCGGGAUGCUGUGACUGGAUGGAACAACUGGCGCACCCAGGGAGAUCGUGGAUCCAUCACCGCCAACCACUGGGACCACGUCCACAUCAGCUUCAACUAG